UAAACUUACAAAUGAGUUUUUAGCAAUUGUGAACAGUAGCUUUUUAAAUUUCUGGUGCACUACGUUUCUACAUAGACUAUGGAUUGCUGGAAAGGAGCCAUAGGCAGCAACUGGAUUUUUCCUACCGUCAUCAUCUGUGCAAAUGGAUUUUUUUCCACAAUGAGGCCAUCAGAAUCUUUUCUCACUCCUUACUUAAGUGGACCAGACAAAAACCUAACAAUUGAACAGGUUACCAACCAGAUUUUCCCCGUUUGGACAUACUCCUACCUCGCACUCCUGCUCCCCGUCUUCCUGAUUACAGACUACGUGCGCUACAAGCCCGUCCUCCUCCUCCAGGGCAUCAGCUACAUCGUCACGUGGCUCUUGCUCCUCUUCGCUCACGGCGUGGUGGCCAUGCAGGUGAUGGAAUUCUUCUACGGGAUGGUGACAGCCACCGAGGUUGCCUAUUACGCCUACAUCUACAGCGUCGUUAGCACCGAUCGCUAUCAGAGAGUGACGAGCUAUUGCAGGAGUAUCACCCUGGUUGCGGCCACGCUUGCUGCAGUGCUGGGACAGCUGCUGGUUUCCUUGGCAGACGUAUCCUACUUUCACCUCAACGCCAUUACCCUCGCUUCUGUGUCCCUGGCAUUCCUGUGUUCCUUUCUCCUCCCAAUGCCCCAAAAGAGCAUGUUCUUCCACCAAAAAGCUGCCUCUGAAACUCUCCCACACCCACAAGCAGCCGUGGCUACGCUCGGCUCCAACGGGCCGCCGAGCUGCCAGCAGGACAAGGACUGCGCAGCUGCUGGCACGGGACCAGCACCACAACAGCAGGCUGAACAGCCCAAGCCCCAGAACCACAUGCUCAGAGUACUGCUGCAGCUGAGCAGGGACUUGAGGGAUUGCUACAGCUCUAGGAAGCUGCUUUACUGGUCCCUGUGGUGGGCUUUGGCUACGGCAGGCUUCAAUCAGGUUGUGAACUACAUCCAAGUGCUGUGGGAUUCCAGAGCCCCCUCUCACAGCUCCGCAGUGUACAACGGAGCUGUUGAAGCAAUAGCAACUUUUUUAGGUUCAGCAACAUCCAUGGCAGUUGGAUACAUCAAAGUAGACUGGGAUCUUUCUGGAGAACUGGCUUUGGGAAUGUUCUCUGCAAUGGAUGCUGGUUCUCUGUUUCUCAUGUACUUCACAGACAACAUCUGGGCAUGUUAUGCUGGUUACCUUGUGUUUAAGGCAUGCUACAUGUUCCUUAUAACAAUAGCAACGUUCCAGAUUGCUGUCAAUCUAAGCAUGGAGCGUUAUGCUUUGAUGUUUGGCUUCAACAACUUCGUUGCACUGGUGAUCCAGACAAUUUUGACUGUUAUUGUAGUAGAUUCAAAAGGUCUAGGACUGGAUAUCAGCACCCAGUUUCUCAUUUAUGGCAGCUACUUUGCAUUCAUAGCUGGAAUUUUCCUGACCAGAAGCAUGUACACCAUUAUCUCCAUCAAAUGCCGAAAUGCCAGAGUGGCUGGUGAACCUAUUGAUCAGUAAGGGGAAAGAGAUGAAAAGAAUGGUUGCAAGCAACAAUGCAGAAGGUUGCAUCAUCCGAACAAUUAGCGGAAACAAUGCUCAAUCAAACAAGACUGGUCCAUGAUGGAAAAGGCUGUUUAUGAGCCUUCAGCACAAAGAGCUUUGUAAACAGCAUGAUGCGUUUUUUCCCAGUUCUCUUCACCAACACUUCUAAUCCCAGACAAUCCUCAAUCUUCUUUUUCAACUCAAAUUUAGUUAUGCAGUCCUGACACUAAAACUUGUAUUAAUGCUCAAUUAGCACAAUAGGAGGCAAUUUCAUACAGAUGCCUGAGCCUCACAACAGAAGAGCUUACAGAAUACAAGCUUUGAACUUUCACUUCUACUGAGUAUUUUAAUUAAAGGCAAUUUACCAUUAAAUAUAAGACUUUCAAACAUGCCUGUAGAACCUGAAGAAGUAAUUGCCCCAUAGCAGCAGGACGAUCUGUAGGAAAGGUUGCCACCAAAACUUUUUGGUGACUUGCACUUUUUCAACUGGAAGUUGGCAUGUAUUUUUAAAGCAAGUUAAUGCAAGUAGCAACUAACCACCACCCCAUCCCCAAAAUGCUACCUCAGUAGGUUCAGAGGGAUUACUA